AUGAUCAACCGCCGGGACAGUGGGGGACACCAAAGUCCCCCAACUGACCCGAGCAUUGCAGACAUGACUUUCUCGCCUUUAAGCCCCGGCGCAUCUGUACUACAAAACACCCAUUUGGAACCUUCUCAUACUGGCGCUCAUCCCAUUUCGCCGUCUAAGCCGAUGAACCCCAAUAUUCGACAGCCUGACCCCGCCGCCGCGUCAACAGUGCCAGCCCAGGGUCAAAUUGACCUUUCCAAUCCGCGCGCCAACAAGAUCGCGAUCCCUCGCCUGGCUCCGCCAAGCACCCAUCGCGGCCGUCGGCGCUCAGCAAAGGCAUGCGAGCCCUGCCGACAACGCAAAAUCAAAUGCGAUGGCGAAACGCCCUGUGGCCCAUGCGCUUACAACAACAGCGAAUGCAUAUAUGGCGAUGCCAAGCGCGUAAGAGAUAAGAAAGAACUCGCGUCCAUGACGAAAAAGGUCCAUCGAUAUGAACACCUGCUACGCUCCCUCGAGGGGGACUCGGACGAACCAACAGCGCGCAGGAUCCGAAAAGCGCUAAGAGUAAGUGACGACAAUAUGAACCCAACCUUGCAUUCCCGCAACUCGACGACACCACCACAACAUGGCAAGUCCCCAGGAGAAGAUGCAACAAACUCGGAUUCCUCGGUCGGCUCGCUCCAAGAUCUUGACAAGGUGGACGAGGAUCUGAACCGAGACGAGAAUGCCCGCGCGGCUGGAUUUUACGGCAAGAACUCGGAGGUUGUCUGGAUGCAACGAUUGGAAGAUAAUGUGGAACGCGAAUCGAUCUCGUCAACACUCUCCCCCAUUACGCCUGUACCGCUUGGGACGCCUAGAGCCACUCGGAAAUUGACGCGUGACAUUCCCAUCGCGAUGAUGAACUAUCAUCUGGACGACCUGCAAAUACCGCACCUUGACGAAUCUGAUGCCUUUGCUGUGCCACCGCGUGUGGUGGCCGACGAAUACUUCCAACGAUUCUUUACGCAUAUCCACCCGUCAUUUCCGGCUAUCCGACGACAGACCUUCACGGCGCAGUAUCGACAAUUCGUGGAGAUGUCGUCAAAGCCACCGCGAAAAUGGCUGGGAAUUCUCAAUAUGGUUUUUGCCAUUGGAUGCCGUCACUGUCGACUUGCGAAUCCGGCGAAGAGUUCCCAGCAUAACGAUUUGAUUUUCUUGACUCGAGUUCGGAAGCUGGUUUUCGAUGAGAAUGUGCUAUUUGAGCAUACCGACUUGCAGCAAAUCCAACUUGAGUUCCUCGUGUCUCUUUACCUGCUUUAUCUGGGGCAGAUCAACCGGGCCUCGAAAUUCUCGAGUAUGGCGCUGCGCUCCGCGCUUUCCCUCGGAAUCAACCUGCGCCACACAGAUUACCGCCUCCACGAUGGCUCGAAAGAAGCCCGCAGUCGACUCUGGUGGUCCAUAUACAUUCUCGAACACCUGCUCACAUCAAUGCACGGCCGGGCAUCGGGCGUAGGCGAAAGCCUCUGCUCAGUACCACCUCCACUCCCCGUAGAAGAGGAAUCCUUUGACGACCCAGAGAUCCAGGACCUAUUGCAAAAUUCCAAAUUUCGCGAAAGUCAGCUUCGCCCCACGCUCUUUGAAUCACACAUGGAGCGGAAGAAAAAAACCACCUGGAUAAAAACGCACGAACCUUGUCCCGCCCUCUUCUUCUUCCACCUGGUUGAUUUGACCCUCAUCGCCCAAGCCGUCCUGAACAAAAUUUACAGCAUCGAGGGCCUUCGCGAAGGAACCAGCCAAACUGAAUACAGAUUGCAAAAGUACGGCUCACGCAUGGAUCGCUGGCGAUCCAAGAUUCACCCCAGCUACCAAUUCAACCCGCCCGAUGCGGGGCCCUGGCAGAUCAUUCCAAACCUGGACGAUGAAUCUAUCCCCUAUGCCCGCGAACGCGUCUGUCUCGCAAUGAACUACUACUCCGCCCGAAUUACCCUCUCCAGACCUUGUCUGACACAAACCCAUUCCAUACCCUCGGGCUCUCCCUCCCCGGGUACGACGCCCGCCGAGCCUUCACGCCAUGCAAAAUUUCGCACCGAACUCGCGACAACCUGUCUACAGGCUGCCUGCUCGCUCAUCUCAGUCCUUCCAAAGGAACCAGAUGAAUCCUGGCUAGUCCACAUGACGCCCUGGUGGAGCGUCCUCCAUUUCCUGAUGCAGGCUACAACCGCCCUCCUCCUGGGCCUAUCAUACUGCUCCUUCGCCUCGCCCCCGCAAAACCCCAGCAUUGCACGCCUCUCCUCAACACAGAAGGACGUACCCCUGGAUCUAAAACCUACCCUCCCGCUUCUCGCGGCGGAUUUGAACAUCGCUAUUGCAGAGGUCCGGAAGGCGCUUUCUUGGAUCCAUGCCAUGGCAUCCUUGGAUCCGGCUGCCCGCAGGGCGUUUUUGUUGUGUGAUAGUGUUAUUCGAAAGAUUGCGCCCGGUCUCAUUCUUGAUCUUGAGGAUUGGCCGAGUGCGGAGACGCUUGUUGGUGGGCCCGGUAAUGAGGAGGAUCGGAUGGGGGGUUUGGAUGAGUUGGUGGAUUUUGAGGGG